AAUUCUUUCAAGAGUAGGGCAUCAAAAAAUUGUUUGAUCGAUUAAUUGAUAGAUCAAUACGAUGCCAUAAUCGAUCGUCAUUGAAAUAAUCGUUUAUCGUCUGCAUUUCUAUAAUUUUAUCAUGUUUGGUUAGUUUAUCCAUAUUAAAAUUUAAAAUUAUCACGAUCUUUCAUAUUGGGUACUUCAUAGACAAUCUAUAGACAAACGAAAAAUUUUUUUUAUAUUAUUAAUCAAAGAGGGCUUGUAAUAAAUCUUGUUGGUUAAUAAAAAAUAUAUAUAUACAUACAUUACGAAAAAAAUUUUUUUAAAAAAUAUUUUAUUUUAUUUUGAAAUAUGGCUCAAGAUUCUACUUCUCCCGUCAAAACUACUAAAGCUCUCGAUGAUUAUGUCUUAUUGGGACGUAGUGGAUUGAGAGUUUCUCCAUUAUGUCUUGGUACUGUGACUUUUGGCGAAAGUUGGGGAGUGGGCGUUAAUAAAAAAGAAUCGAAAAAAAUUUUUGAUCUUUAUUACGAAAAGGGCGGAAAUUUUUUUGAUACCGCCAACAUUUACAAUUUUGGUGAAAGUGAACGUUUCCUUGGAGAUUACGUUUCUGAUAAACGAUCCGAUGUCGUGAUAGCAACAAAAUAUACGAAUAAUCCAACUGCUAUGCAAGCGGAUCAGAGAUUCAAUCCGAAUUUCGGAGGAAAUCAUCGAAAAAGUCUUGUGGAAAAUUUAGAUGCGAGUUUGAAACGAUUGAAUAUGAAUUAUGUUGAUAUUUUAUAUGCUCAUUUGUUUGAAUAUCGAACUCCAAUCGAAGAAAUGAUGAGAUCAUUAGAUGACGUUGUUCGAAGUGGAAAAGCAUUAUAUGUUGCCGUAAGCGAUAUUCCAUCUUGGGCACUCUCUCGUGCUAAUACAUUUGCGGAAUUACGUGGAUGGAGCCCUUUCAUUGGACUUCAAACGCGUUAUAAUUUAUUGAAUCGAUCGUUAGAAUAUGACUUACUACCUUCUUGUGCUGAACUUGACAUUGGAAUUAUUCCGUGGGGUGUCGUCGCCGAAGGAUUUCUUACCGGAAAACAUACGAGAGAAUCAACCGCUAAUUUAAAAUCGGAAAGUCGCAGUCACAAAGUAGCAAAUCACUCAAAAGUUGAAAAAAAUUGGAAGAUUUUAGAUGAAGUUAUUGCCGUUUCAAAAGAGAUUGAUAGAUCUCCUGUUCAGAUUGCUACAAAUUGGGUUCUACAAAAACCGGGGAUUACCUCUUCUUUAAUUGGUGCCAGAACAGUUUCUCAGCUUGAAGAAAAUCUUAAAUCGCUUGAAUUCAAAUUGACACCUGAACAAAUGAAAAGACUUGAUGAUGUUUCUCAACCAGAUGAUUUUCCAUUUCCUUAUUCAUUUACUGACCAAUUUGAUAAAUAUAUUGGAAAAAACAUACAAAUGCCAAAUAAAUUUGCAUCUAUUGCGAAAAUAUAUAAUUAUGGAAGUUUAUAUAAUUAAAUCAUUAACUUCAAAUUAUUUAAAUUAUUUUGUAUAUUCAAUGUUAACGUAAUUUAAUCCAAGAAAUUGGAUUGUCGCCUUUUUUUCUCGAUUUUAUCGUAAAAUAUAUUUUAGACUUAUUUUUUCUAUUGUAUUUAUUCUUUUGACGCUAUUAAUAAAUUAUUUCCUUUAUUUUAUACAUUAAAAUGAAAUUAAGUAAUAAAAGAUUGUAAGUUCAAUUCAUUUGAAAA